AUGAUGUUCCAGGGCAUUUUUGCCCAAAAUUUUAUUUCUUUUCCCUCUUCUCUGGUUCAACGACGAUUGCCCUCUGCUCUAGUUCUUCGCAAGCGCGGAUCUCUCUCUCUCCCUCUAUGCUCGCUCUAUACUCGGCUUAGGCCUCAACAGCACAUCACUGAUCAUCCAACUCAAUCGAACUAUCGAGCAUCGAUUAUCGAAAUUGAAGUACUCAAAAUUCAGAUCCAUUCAUCUCUUCGAAUCAAUUUUUCUGAAGACUCAAAUAUUAGAUCUUCGAGACUUCGACUCAUAGGCCACAACAGAUCUUCAUCCUUCUCUCUCAUCUCAGGGGUGAGGUCUUCAGUUCUUGGUGAGUUGGUUGGUUUGGUUUUGGUGAAGUUCUGCUUCCAUAUUCAUCAGAGAAUAUCUUCUGAUCAAUCUGGGUUCUUAUAG